CCGGGAACUUGCGCGGCGGGGACUCGCGUCGCCGGGGGCUGUGUGGGAGCCGCCUGCUCCAGCCCGGGGGGCCCCCGGGAACUGCCGGGCCCCCUGGCGCGCUCGGGGCGCCGCCUGGAGCGCAGGUGACCCCGGCCCGGCCGGGGUGGGGGUGCCGGCAGCGAUGGCCCGGGAGCUGAGCCAGGAGGCGGUGCUGGACUUCCUGUGCCAGGCCGGGGGCCAGGUGACCAACGCCGCGCUGCUCGGCCACUUCAAGAGCUUCCUGCGCGACCCCGCCGCUCCCCCAGACCUGCGCGAGCGCCGCCGCGAGCUUUUCAAGGGCUUCGUCAACUCGGUGGCUGCGGUGCACCACGACUCGGACGGCACCAAGCGCGUGGUGCUGCGGCGCAGGUACCGGGACCUCGUGGGGGAGGGGACGGGACCGGGGGCGCCCCCCGGACCGCAGCGGCGCGGAACACGGCGGGAUCCCGCGACUGCCCUGGACCAGCCGGGGACCCCGGGCCCCGAGACCCCGAAUCUGCAGCGCCAGUACCCUGCAUCCCCUGUCCAGGACAGAUCUGAGCCGAUAACCCAGGAGACCCCGAACCCUGAAACUCAGCGUCUGCAGCGCCAGCGCCCCGCACCGUCUGCUCAAAACAGGCAAGAGCCAGUGACCUCUGGGACCCCGAACCCCGAAACUCAGCAUCUGCAGCGUCAGCACCCUGCGCCAUUUGACCGAGACAGGCCAGAGCCAUUGACCCCAGGUGCCCCAAGCCCUGAAAUUAGGCAUCUGCAGCGUCAGCACCUCGCACCCCCUGACCGGGACAGGCAGGAGCUGGUGACCUCGGGGAGCCUGAGCCCCAAGACUCCACAUCUGCUGCACCAGCACCCUGCGCCCCCUGUCCAGGAUAGGUCAGAGCCAGGAACCUCUCACCCUGAGACCCUACACCCCGCAAACCCACACUUGCAGCGCCACCACCCCAUGCCUUCUGCCCAAGACAGGCCAGAGCCGGUGACCCCAAGGACCUUGAGCUCCGAGACUCCACAUUUGCAGUGGGUCAGCCCUACACCCCUGGCCCAGGACAGGCUAGAGCCUGAGACCCUGAGUCCCCUGCACCCCGAGACAGCACACCUGCAGCUGCAGCGCACACGAGAGUGGGUGUCUAGGCACCAGCAGAUGCCUGAACCUGCAAAUCAGCGCCCAGUGCGGGCCUGGUCCGUGCUGCCGGAUGACUUCCUUCAGCUGAGCUCAGAACCCGCAGUCAGCAUCUGGAAGACUGUACAGGCAGAGCCCACUCUGUGCUCUCGGGGUCUCAUUCCCGGGGACCCCACCGAGUCCUCGGAAUCCUGGCUGGGGAAACCUCCACCUACUGUCUUUCGGAGCAUUCGCUGUCAGCUGUCCCUACAGGAUCUGGAAGAGUUUGUGGACCAGGAGAGCCAUGGCAGCGAGGAGAGCAGCAGUGAGCCCAGAGAGUCCCCCUGGGGCUCGGAAGAGAGGCUGCAGGCUGCCCCCAGGGCCCCAGACCUGGAGGAGCACAGGAAUCCAGCCCAGGGCCUCUCUGUACUCACAAAGGAAAGCAAUGUUACCCUAAGAUCUCAGAAGCUUGGAGGGGGCAACCACUCCUCCAUGCAGGCCCCAAGAGGGGCAGAGGAGCCUUUGCCCAAAACUCGGAGGUCAUUCAGGAGGAGUCCUCAGCCAGGGAGGGCCACUGUGUCCUCCUCUGAUGAGGAGAGUCUUGAUGAGGACAUGCUGAAAAGGACUCGUCGCCCCCCUCGACCCAGGAGACCUUCCAAGGCAGGACCAGUGCCUAGCCCAAGGGUGGUUGUUGCUUUGACAACAAAACUGGCAGGCACUAAAGCGAUUGUGGCUGAGCCUAGUAGGCCACGCAACUGGUGGGUCCUCGAUGGGGAGGGCCCCGAAGCCUUGGUACCACACAGACCUUUUGAGCACAAGUCAUCCCUGGUCCCCUUAGAAUCCAGGGAACAUGAAUGGAUUGUGAAGCUUGCUAGUGGCUCCUGGAUUCAGGUAUUGGCUUUGUUCUGGAAGGACCCCCAACUGGCUCUGCGCAGGGACUUUCUGACUGGCUACACUGCUCUGCACUGGAUAGCCAAGCAUGGAAGCCUCUGUGCACUCCAGGACUUGGUCUCGGGGGCACGGAAGACUGGGAUUGUGCUUGAUGUGAAUGUGAAAUCCAGUUGUGGGUAUACCCCGCUGCACCUUGCCGCCAUUCAUGGCCAUCAGGGAGUUAUCAAAUUGCUGGUGCAAAGGUUGGCUUCUCAGGUGAAUGUCCGGGAUAGCAGUGGGAAGAAACCCUGGCAGUAUCUGGCCAGUAAUACCUCCAGGGAAAUACGGCAGCUACUAGGAGCUCCUCAGCCCAUUUUCCCUGUACAUCCUUUAGUCCAAAAAUCUCCUACCAGGAAAUCCAAGAGUCGGGAAAUAUCUAGACACAUUACCCGAAAGACUUCCUUGGCUGCACUACUCAAAAGUCAGCACAACAAAUGGAAAUUGUCCAACCAUCAUGAGAAAUUCCCCACCUCAAGGGAGAGAGAAGAGUACAGUGACUAGUGGUCCCUCUCCCCAUGGCUGAUCUUUGGGCUUCUCAAUGAGAGAAUUUGGGGGGAGAAUAGAAGAAGAUGGAGGAGCUACUAAGGAAGGAGGUCACCAGUAGAUGAGGCAUCAUGUCGGCUUUUGAACCUGUCCUUGAAACCUGGACCAGGAGACAGAGCCAAGCCCUAAAACCUAGGAGCUGUCCUUCCUACUCUUCUGCCAGGGUGGAUCUGGGCACAGUAAGUCACACUGGUUUCUACAGCCACAAUCCCAGGCCUUGGCAAGAGAAGGGACAGAUGUCUAACAACAAGAGACAACUCGAGGAAUUGAUAAAGUUCAGGCAAAAUUGUCUCUGGCUUUUCCUCAUUUGGAGAAGAAAUCUUGGCUGAGAAUGGAAAGCACCAGGUUUAAAAUCAGAUGGCUUUCUCUUUUUCUUUAUGUGCUUUUUGGCACUGAAAUGAAUGAAGAUCAUUACUUGAGAGUAGAAUUUGACUGAGGAGACUGUGCAGCCCUGUCCUUCUCAUCCCACCUGAGGUGGCUGAUUUGCACCUCUUCUGGGUGUCUGACGGGAGAAGCAGGUGGUGAGACCCGCUGUGACCUUCACUCUCCACCCUGGCCUUCAGGCCCUGCUUUUUUUGUAUCUACCCAAAGGGAACUUUACAAAUAUAAAAACCAUGCAGCUCAUUUACAUAGUGACAGAAAUCAUCUUGCGGGGAAACUUCCUGUAUAACAAUUGGAAUUGCCUUUAAUAAUUUUUAGUAGGUUUCAAAGGCCAAGUGUUGGUCCUCGCAAAAGAGAAACAGUUUCUCUCUGGGGAAGCAAUAAGAAUAUGUGGUAGGGUGAGAAUGGUUCCCCAUCACAACUUUCCUAAGCUGCUAUCUAUAAUUUUAUUUGCACUAAACUUGUUGCCAAUUAAGAUUAAAUAUUAGCCUUGAAGUACUGUAUACCUAACAGGAAGUGUUCCUUUUAAUCGCUUAGUGAGGGGACUGAUCUUUGUGGGCCACACAGUGAGGGGUCAGCUAGUUCCCUCUAAACUGCAGCAGAGUGGUGAGAUUGCUAAACGUGGAUCCAAAAAGGCCAAAAAAUUCAACGUUCAGGGGGAAAUUGUUAAGUUUUGAUGCUAAUGUUUUCAUAUGUUGGGGCACUGCUGCUGCAUCCUUUUAAGUAUUCUUGUGUUUCUUCUCGUUAUAUUUCCCCACUAAGAGACAAGCAGAACUUUAUAAUUUAUUAUAAUAUCUUUUUGCUGAUUACUGUUAAUGCUGUUAAUGUAUUUUAUCAAAAUUGUGUCUUAAAUGAGUAUCAAAUGUUUGUGUUUCUUUGUAUUUGUACUUUAUACUUUUGCUGAAAUAAAUUUUUUAAAAAACUUUUUAGUACUGGGGAUUGAACCAGGGCCUCAGGCAAGCCAGACAAGUGCUCUACCAAUGAAGCCCAAUCCCAGACCCUAUCUUCUUUGAAAUUUAAAAAGGGACAAUAAUUAAAUCUGCAGGCUUUUCCCCCCAAAGACCUACAUGAAGGGUGAAAAUUUGGCAAAUGAAAAAAGAGAAAGAGAGGGAAAGAGAGAAUGACUGGUGGGGCUUGGUUUAGAGUAAAAGAAUGCAAGAUAAACAGCUACGUAAACACAGUAGUAAAUACCAACCUCUCAGAACCAAAUCGAUAAAUUGAAUUAUCUAACAAUGUUUUUCAAAGUGCUGUGAGAUUUGUAAAAGUGGGUGACUUUCCUCCUCUUGAAACUCAAAAUCUUAUAUUUAUUCUUGGUUUACUUUAUACCUUAUCUGGCUCCCAAGGGAUCUGUCAAAGAUGCACUGUGUUACAUAAAGCUUGCGAAGCUGAGCAAGAGGGGAAAAGGUGGCACCAGGACUGAAGGCAGACAACUGCAACACAAGACAAAAUCUCUAGGUGCCACAAGUACAAAAUUAAAUGCUCUGGAUUUCAAGAGAAAGCGAGGGUAGGAAGGGAGAGGGGAUCAGGAGACAGAGGGACUGAGAAGUCGUUAGGCUGGGAAAAUCAGAGAGGGCCUCGUGGAGGCCAGGAACCUUUACCUGAGUGAUACUGGCCAUCCCAAGAAACCAGCUGUGGUAGUUCUACCACAUUCUUGACCUCUGCUUCAGUGUGUGGUUUACACAGCUCCAGUGCGGCUGGUUGAUUGCUUACUGGUUAGAACACAGUCCUGGGUCUCAAAUUGUUUCUCAGUAGGAUCUGUCACAUCCCUCCAGCCUUUGUCCACACAGCAUGCCUGAUCUAGUCCUGUCUUACCUGGUCAGCAUGCUGUGCUGGAGAGGGGUCAGGGAUUGUUAUAGAGUGGACCAGACUCCUCCUGCUGCAGUGUUAGGCAGUCCCGCCCCAGCACUCUGCCGGCUCCUGCCAGUAACUCCUUGCCAUUGCCCCAGUAGCUGCACCAGAUGCACUGGGUGCUUGUGGCCUGAUCCUCUGAGUUUGUCUUGGUGCUGGAUUCCUUUGAUUUAGAAACCCCAUUUUUGUUCUUUUUCUGGCAAAGACAGUUCAAAUGCAGCCUGAUGGAAAAUUCCACAAAGAACACUUCCAAGCAAGGUGUAUGGCUCCUUCCCCAGAGUUCAGUGGCACACUUCAUGAUUACUGAUACAUCCUGUCCAAGCAAAUUGUAUGUUUGGAUUUUUCUUAGGACUUUGAACACCUAUAGAUUAAAAAAAAUGGUUUCAAUUCAUCUCAGUAUUCCGCCCCCCCCCCCCCGCCC